GUUCCAUCGGAAAGAAGCGUGAAAAGUUACGGAAUUCUUAGAGCGAAACUACGAAAUUGCAUCGAUAAGAAUUACACAAUCCGAGCGAUUAGCAUUUACACUUUAACGAUUCGAAACACAGGAGUUCUAGCCAGACAAGACUCUAGUUUGAGCAAGAAAUAUACUUCGAUUCAAUAUAAAAGAGCAUCCGUCAUCAUGUUGUUAUUGCGACAAGGAAGAAUCCUAUCUACUCAAGUUUUCCAAGUUACUCGAUUGUACGGAGCACGCUACAUGUCUACCAUCUUCGAUAAGCACAGAGAUACCUUUGAACGCUUUGGUAUUUCAAAGGCUGGCAACAAGGGCGUUUUCGAUGGCAAAUGGAAAGGAUCCGGUCCGGUUAUUACUUCGGUGAAUCCAGUUAACAACGAAGUGAUUGCUGAAGUGGUUUCGGGCAAUGUGAAGGAUCUUGAUGCAGCCCUAGAUAAGGUUGGAGAAGCACAAAAGAUCUGGCGCGAUUUGCCAGUACCAAAAAGGGGACAAGUCUUGUUGGCUAUGCGUGAUGCAUUAGUUGCAAAUCUCGAGCCUUUGGGCAGAAUUGUAUCUUUAGAAAUGGGCAAGAUUUUGCCGGAAGGUAUUGGCGAAAUCCAAGAAUAUGUCGAUAUUUUGGAAUACGCUCUUGGUCUUUCUCGUAUGAUGAAGGGCUCUAUGAUCCCAUCUGAACGGCCCGGCCACGUCAUGCUUGAAACUUGGAAUCCACUCGGCACAGUAGGCGUGAUUAGCGCUUUCAACUUCCCAGUGGCUGUAUAUGGAUGGAACAGUGCCAUUGCUCUUGUCACUGGCAACGGUGUACUCUGGAAACCCUCACCCACGACACCAUUGUGCUCUAUCGCCAUCACUAGACUUUUGGAAAAGACCUUGCGCGAACACAACUUACCACCAGCCCUAUGCUCCCUUGUUACAGGCGGUACUGACGUCGGCAGCGCAUUAGCAGCUGACCCACGUGCCCCCGUACUUUCCUUCACCGGUUCCACCAAGGUUGGCCGUCAAGUGGGUCAAGUCGUACAAGGCCGAUUCGGCAAGCCUAUCUUGGAGUUGGGUGGCAAUAACGCUAUCAUCGUCAUGGAAGAUUGCGAUUUAGACUUGGCUGCACGUGCUAUUUUGUUUGCUGCCGUGGGUACUGCCGGUCAGCGAUGCACCACCACUCGUCGUUUGAUUGUACAAGAACAGAUUUAUAACAAGUUACUCGAUCGCUUGAUCAAGGCCUACGAUCAAGUCAAGAUUGGUGAUCCUUUGGAUAACGGCGUCUUGUGUGGACCCUUGCAUACAAAAGCUGCUGUAGGUGUUUACGAAGAGACUCUCCAUAAGGUCAAGGAGCAAGGCGGCAAAGUUUUGUUUGGUGGAGAAACUCUCGGUGGCAACUUUGUCAAGCCUACAUUGACCCGUGUUGAGCCACAUAUGAAUGUCGUCAAGGACGAGGCAUUUGUCCCUAUUCUUCACACAAUGACUUUCAAGACCCUCGAUGAGGCAAUUGCUAUCAACAACAAUGUGGCACAAGGCUUAUCCAGCUCCAUCUUUACACAGAACCCAGAGACCAUUUUCAAAUGGAUUGGCCCCGCUGGUUCAGACUGUGGCAUCAUUAACGUCAACAUUCCAACUAACGGCGCCGAAAUCGGUGGUGCCUUUGGUGGAGAAAAGGCUACUGGUGGAGGCCGAGAAAGCGGAAGUGAUUCUUGGAAGCAAUACUGCCGUCGUGGCACCUGCACGAUCAAUUAUUCUGGCGCAUUACCACUUGCUCAGGGCAUCAAUUUCGGUUAGGAAAAACCUAACCUUGUAUUUUUUUGUUUGCUUCUUUGUACCCACUUCUCCCCAAAUAAUUGUGUAUAAAAUAAAGUAUGAUUUCCUUCUUUUUGAUUUUUAUACUGCAAUCAUAUGCCAAAA